UUCCGUCUUCCGCCUAUCCACGCAUUUGUCAGCGAACAGUUGUGAAGAUUGGCAUAAUCCGCACCAAGAGAAAACAUUAGCGCUCGAUGACACUAGCUUUUACUUCUCUCACUAGAUGGGGAUGGUGUUGGCGCUUAGAAUAAUUCUUCCGUGCUUUCUUCAAUCCUUGCGCCGUGGGCAGGCCGUGGGAUUGUGUUGUUUUGACGGGGUCAAGUUCGUUUCGUUUGCUUUCGGGGACGCUUCCGGACGUUUCAAUGCAAGUGUUUACGCGAAGGUUAUGUUUCAGUGUUGUUUCAGAUAAGAUUUGAAGUGUAUAACACAUUGUAUACAAGUGAACAUUCGAUAUUUUGUACCUGACGUACUUGAGUCAUUUCUUAUAAAAGAACUGCCUUGAUAGUAAUAAUAAUAAUAAUGACGGAUCAAAGUUUAAUGGAUAAGUCUUUGCGUUCGGUGUUCGUUGGAAACAUUCCUUAUGAAGCCACAGAAGAAAAGUUGAAAGACAUAUUUAGUGAAGUUGGCCCAGUUUUGUCUUUCAAGCUGGUGUAUGAUAGAGAGACAGGGAAACCUAAAGGGUAUGGCUUCUGUGAGUACAAAGAUCAAGAAACUGCUUUAAGUGCCAUGAGAAAUCUGAAUGGUUAUGAGAUUGGAGGUCGAACUCUUCGUGUUGACAAUGCUUGCACAGAAAAAUCACGAAUGGAAAUGCAGAGUUUACUUCAGGGCCCUGUUGUUGAAAACCCAUAUGGAGAAGCUGUGCAGGCUGAUAAAGCUCCUGAAGCCAUCAGUAAAGCUGUGGCUUCUUUGCCCCCAGAACAAAUGUUUGAGCUUAUGAAGCAAAUGAAAUUGUGCGUGCAAAACAACCCCACUGAAGCUAGGGCAAUGCUAUUACAGAAUCCUCAGUUGGCAUAUGCUUUACUGCAAGCCCAGGUUGUCAUGAGAAUAGUGGAUCCUCAAACAGCUGUUGUGAAGCAUGCUGCACAAGGCGAACCCCAUCCCGCAGAUUCUGAUGCCGAACGAGAAGUCGCGCCGCGGCACCAGGCGGCCGGGCGCGGCGGCGGCGGUGGCGGCAGCGCGCGGCUCGCGGCGGCGGCGCGCGCGGUGGCCGUGCCGGCGCCCGGUGGUGCCGUCCCGGGACCCCCGCGACGUGAGCGUGGCCGCAGGCGGCGCGCGGGUGCCGCGCGACGCGCGCCGCCUGCCGUCGCGGUCGGUGUCCGCCAGCCGUCGCGCCCGCUGGCGAGCCGGUGCUGGCACCCGCCGCGCCGCGCAGAGCGCACGUGGUGCAAGCCCACGGCGGCCGUAGUGGUGCCCAACGCCACUCGCGCCGCGCCGCGCCGCGCCUUCGCGAGCUUUCGACACCGCCCGUGGGACGCGCCUGGCGCGCGUCUUGCCGGACAGCGAACCUGGCGCGUCGCCGCGGCCUCCGUGGCUCCCGCCGUCGCCGCCAUGCGCGACGGCCUGCCCGGGCCCGACCAACCUCAGCUUUUGGAUUCAGCUGAGAGCUUUCCUAGAGAUCCUCGUGUAGCGGCAGGACCCGAGAGGUUUCCUCGAGACCCCAGAGAUCCAAGAGAUAGAGUUGAUCCACGAACAGGUGCUACUUCUGUGCCUGCCCGUGCACCAGCACCUGUCCCUCCAGUAAUUGCACGUUCAACCCCACAACCUACAAUGUCACCUAACAUAUCUGGUGGUGCUUCUGAUCAAGAAAAGGCGGCUCUAAUUAUGCAAGUGCUUCAGCUGUCAGAUGAACAAAUCGCCAUGUUACCUCCAGAACAAAGACAAAGUAUUCUUGUCCUGAAGGAACAAAUUGCAAAAAGCACCCAACGUUGAUGCAAGAAAUUUAUUUUGUUUUCUCAGUCACAUGUACAAAAGUUGAAAUAAAAGUUUGAGUAGUUCAAUUUCAA